GUUUAUUCUCUCCCUUCACACCGCACUACCCCUAAAAAAACACAGAUAGGGAGAGAGAGAACCAUAGUUGGACUCAGGAUGCCUGCCUACGCCACCAACAUGAGGAUGAAGUUCCCUAUUGUGGCUUUGGCUUUGGAGAUUAUCACCAUCAUCCUGUUUGCUGUGUUUGUGGUCUAUGAUGAUGGGAAAGGUCACGGGCACGACAUGCACUCCAAUGAGACGCACCAUGAGGAGGCGCAGCCCAUGGAUCUCUACCCCAUGUUUCAGGAUGUCCACGUCAUGAUCUUUAUCGGCUUCGGGUUCCUGAUGACAUUCUUGAAGAGAUAUGGGUUCAGCAGCGUUGGCCUCAACUUACUCCUGGCUGCCUUCGGCCUGCAGUGGGGCCUUCUCACGCAGGGUCUCUGGCACCUAGACGACGGCAAGAUCAAAGUUAACAUCUUCAAAAUAAUCAACGCAGACUUCAGCACAGCUACCGUCCUGAUUUCCUUCGGAGCUGUUCUGGGUAAAACCAGCCCUGUGCAGCUCCUCAUCAUGACCAUACUGGAGAUUACCAUCUUCUCCAUCAAUGAACAUCUGGUGGCCAAUGUCCUCAAAGCUAAUGACAUUGGUGCAUCCAUGAUCAUCCAUGCUUUUGGAGCCUACUUCGGCCUGGCAGUGGCUCGAGUACUUUACCGACCGGGUUUGAAAAACGGACAUGAGAACGAUGGAUCUGUUUACCACUCUGAUCUGUUUGCUAUGAUUGGAACCGUCUUCCUGUGGAUGUUCUGGCCCAGCUUUAACUCGGCCAUAGCUGACCCAGGCUUCACUCAGCUCACAGCCGUGGUCAACACCUACCUCUCCCUGGCUGCCUGCGUGCUCUCUGCCUACGCCUUCUCCAGCCUCGUGGAGCACAAAGGAAAACUGGACAUGGUGCACAUUCAGAAUGCCACCUUGGCUGGUGGCGUUGCUGUGGGAACAUGUGCUGACAUGAACAUCGGGCCAUUUGGGGCAAUGCUGAUUGGAUUAGUGGCCGGCGGCAUCUCUACCCUGGGCUUCAAGUUCCUUACUCCCCUCCUGGCAUCUAAACUGGGCAUCCAGGACACCUGCGGCGUCCACAAUCUGCACGGCAUGCCUGGCAUCCUGGGUGGAUUGGCUGGUAUUGUCGCUGUGGCUUUUGGAAAAAAGGAGGAAGGUGACGCUGCCAUGCAAGCUGCUGCCUUGGCUUCAUCCCUCGGGUUCGCUCUGGUUGGAGGUGCCAUUACAGGUUUAAUAAUGAAGUUGCCGUUCUGGGGCCAGCCUCCGGACCAGAACUGCUUCGAUGACUCUAUAUACUGGGAGGUUCCUGAGGAGGAGGAGGAGAAUGAGGAGAGCUUGACUCACGCCGAUCACUCAAAGAACAAAGCAGAGCUUUAAAUAGCUGCUCACCAUCCAUUGAGCUUGAAAACUAGGAAGUAAAGGACUUUUAAUCUGCUACACCAUGUCUGCUCAAAUCAAUUUGUCAAGAUUUCUUUUUUUACAAAUAGACGAUUUGCUGUACUAACCAACACACGUCAAUUUUGAAACUGUUUUGUGAGCAAAGAUGUCUACAGCAGCGUUUUUCCAUCAAAGUACAGUUUAAAUUUGACAUUAGGGUCGGCAAUGAAGGUUUCACAAUAGAGUCUCCAAAACACAUGAGUCAUUUUUAAAAAUUGUUAACACAAAGAUUUGGUUAAUAACAUUUACAUAAAGAAAAACACUUUCAAGAAUUUGAAACAAGGACCUUUAGCGAUUUUUUACACUGAAAAUUGUGAUUAAAUCAAAAAACACAGUGGGUCACGCCAUAGAUUCACUGCUGAUACACAACUAUUCCCACUCCUUUAUGUCAUUUUUAUAUAAUAAAAUGAAGCAUUAAAGCAUGUUUUAAGAUAUUAGUAUAGUAUGAUAUUUUUUCUUCACAUAUUCUUUUAUAUUUCCAUACACCUCACAUUUGUAUUUCAGCUGAGGCGUUAAACCUGCUUUGAUCUGCUGCUUCACAUCACCUCACUGGAGCCCAUGGUCCUUCUGUAACGAGUCAGAGUCAGACUGUGUGAAACCAGCAGCGAGGCUCUGACAUGGGCAGGGAUAGUCGCAUGAUAUGUUGUAACUAAUGAACCUUUGUGUUGCUUAUCUCCCACUGCUUACAAUUAUUUUCUAUUCGUCCGAGGGCAGCUGAACAAUUUCUUAAAUGCAAAAACGAUGAAUGCAUUUAGCAUUAGAUUGGCUGUCACUGGUCAAGCUAAAGUUAUUUUUUGUCUGCUUUCAAAGUAUACCCCAUGUAUUGUUACAUGUACAGUUUAGCUUUUAGAUGAAUUGACAAGGUCAGUUUUAUUGAAGUCCUGCAAGGUUAAAAGAAGGAGCAACGGGUACUGAAUAUUUUCAGAAGCCUUCAAAUAAUUCAACAGGAACUUACAUACUGAUAAAUAAGAAAGGGCUAUUAUUUAUAGAAGAUGGAAACGUGACAAAUAAUAAACUUUAUAUCAUUUUUCACACAUUUUCUCUAUAGCUGAGUUACUGUUGGAUUCUUUUAUUUUAUUUUAGUUAGUUUAGUUUAGUUUUGAACUGUGGCACUUGCAACAAAGCUGCAUGGUGUCUGAGUGAUGAAGGACAUAUUUCUUGUGUUUAACAUUAAACAUGGACUGCAGGGCUAGAUGGAACUGACUACACACAUAUGGUAGUGUUUAUCAAUAUUUUGGUUUGGUAUGUCCUGAACACAUCAAGAUUUUGUAUUUUUAUACAGUGUGGAUGUGCUCAUAUUUGUAUAAUAUACUAAUACUGUCAUAAUAAAUAUGGUUUUGUACAAUA